UGUCCAGUGAGAGGCGGUGGAGAUCAGAUCUGAGCUCUGAUCACAGCAGUAGUGAGCUGCUCACUGCCACAGUCACAGCACUGUGACAUCCAUCAGGGAUUUGCACCUUUCUUCUUUUGUCUUUUUUCUAUCAAACGGGUUCAGACUGAAGCAUCCCCUAAAGCAGGUGGUUACUGGGUGAUCUGAGGAGGUUCACUGCACCCCUAUACCGGCUGUAGGACGUCAUGACAGCCGAAAAGACGAUUCCCAUAAUAAAUGGAAAAGCGGACGAUUCGAUGGACCCCGAAGCGGCGAGCGCGAGCGCAGUGCGCAGCAAAGAUAAGAAGGUGGUGAAUGAGAGGGGUCAGUGGAAUAAUAAGAUUGAGUUUAUGCUGUCAGUGGCUGGAGAGAUUAUCGGCCUUGGCAACGUUUGGAGGUUCCCAUAUCUGUGUUACAAGAACGGCGGAGGUGCUUUUUUUGUGCCUUAUGUUAUCUUCUUCAUCUGCUGUGGAAUCCCAGUCUUCUUCCUGGAAACAGCGCUAGGUCAGUUCACUAGUGAAGGAGGCAUCACAUGUUGGCGAAAAGUCUGCCCGCUCUUUGAAGGCAUUGGCUAUGCGACACAAGUCAUCGAGGCCCACCUGAAUGUUUAUUAUGUGGUUAUAUUAGCUUGGGCCAUUUUCUACCUGUUCAAUUGCUUUACAACAGAGCUGCCCUGGGCAUCGUGUGGUCACUACUGGAACACGGAGAACUGUGUGGAUUUUAACAAUGAAAGCAUUGCCAACUUCACCAACCCAUAUGCCACAUCUCCAGUCAUGGAGUUUUGGGAACGCCGUGUUCUCAGAAUAUCCUCUGGAAUUGAAGAAGUUGGCAGCCUUCGCUGGGAACUUGCUAUCUGUCUUGCUAUAGCCUGGGUUAUAUGUUAUUUCUGCAUUUGGAAAGGCCCCAAAUCAACUGGAAAGGUGGUGUAUGUCACUGCAACCUUUCCUUAUUUCAUGCUGUUGAUCCUUCUUCUUCGAGGAAUAACGCUGCCAGGAGCUGCUAAUGGAAUUAAGUUCUACCUGUAUCCUGACAUCUCUCGUCUGUCAGACCCUCAGGUGUGGGUGGAUGCAGGCACUCAGAUCUUCUUCUCAUAUGCUAUAUGUCUGGGCUGUCUUACGGCCCUCGGAAGCUACAACAGCUACAACAACAACUGCUACAGGGACUGCAUCAUACUGUGCUGCCUGAACAGUGGCACGAGUUUUGUGGCAGGAUUUGCCAUCUUCUCUGUCUUGGGCUUCAUGGCAUAUGAACAGAAUGUGCCAAUAGAGGCAGUGGCAGAGUCAGGUCCUGGUCUAGCGUUCAUAGCGUAUCCUAAAGCUGUGACCAUGAUGCCGUGGUCUCCAUUGUGGGCCUGCCUGUUCUUCAUGAUGCUCAUCUUCCUUGGGCUUGACAGUCAGUUUGUGUGUGUGGAGAGUCUUGUGACUGCAAUCGUGGACAUGUAUCCCAAAACCUUCCGUGUGGGUUAUCGGCGAGAGCUUCUCAUCCUGGGAAUGUCUGUGGCUUCGUUCUUCGUGGGUCUAAUAAUGUUGACAGAGGGUGGCAUGUACGUGUUCCAGCUCUUUGACUCGUAUGCAGCCAGUGGCAUGUGUCUGUUGUUUGUGGCCAUCUUUGAGUCCAUCUGCAUUGGCUGGAUCUAUGGUAGCGACAGGUUUUAUUCGAACAUUGAGGACAUGAUUGGAUACAAGCCCAUAUUCUUCAUCAAAUGGUGCUGGAAGUACUUCACACCAGGCAUCUGUGCUGGCAUCUUUCUGUUCUUCUUGAUCAAGUACAAACCGCUGAAGUAUAAUAAUGUGUACACAUAUCCAGACUGGGGUUAUGGCAUUGGCUGGAUGAUGGCCAUGUCCUCUAUGGUCUGCAUCCCUCUGGGAAUCUUAUUUCAGAUCUGGAAGACGGAAGGAAGUUUCCGUGAGAGGAUCAAAAAGCUGACCACACCCAGCGCUGACCUGAUAAUGAGGGGACGCCUCAGCUCCAAGGGUCCCUGCGCUAUCAAUGACGCUGAUGCCAAAAUGAGGGCGGAUGGCAAGAUCUCCACCAUCACAGAGAAGGAGACACAUUUCUAAACC